AAAAAUGUCAUCAAAACCUGGCUUAAAUAAUAACGUACGUGCACAUAUUUUGUCUUUUGAAAGUUUCUGGCUGAGCACUCUGAGAGGAAAUGCCCAUCUUCCUCAAAGAACUAUUGCCCAAAGAAGACUUCCUAGAAAAUUUUGACAACACAAAAAGACUCAAAAAAACAUUACUAUUGUUUAGUUUUAAAAAGAAAGAAAACCUGAUUUGGAAAAUAUGGGGCUACGCGUACAAUGAUCCUGGCAACAAGCAUGCUGAAGUUUUAGUUUUAGAUUAUAUUGAAGACCAUAUCGCAGAAAACAUAACCAAAGGAAAAUAUGAACUGAUUUUUUGUGUGUCAUACACCCCUUGCCAUAAAUGCAGUGACAGGAUAAUAUCUUUUAUGGCACAAAGAAGUGGAAUAUGCAUGGAAAUAAGAGCAUCGAAGCCAUAUUUUUUUGACAGAGAAGGAGAACGAAAAGGUCUACACCUUCUGAAGAGCUCUGGGGUUUCGAUUAAAAUGAUGAACAUAUCCGAUUACAGAAAAUGCGUGUAUCUGUUUGUACACCCAUCAGAAUACUUUACACCAUGGUCAUAUCUGGAUGAACAAAGCAAGCAGAAUGCAAAUGAUCUGGACACACUUUUGAAACAGGAGGAAGAAAAUAACAAAAUGAUUGAUUCAGACAUCAUUUCAGGUAAUGUCAACAGUAUAUUAAAUCUAAUAGAAACUCAGUGUGCUGUAUCCAGUGGUGUCCUUAGAGCCGACAACAGUUCUUAGAUCCAG